CCUACGCCCAAAAUGGCGGCACUAUUGAAAAGUUUGCAGCUGUUUUUGUUUUAUUUUAUCGUACUUGGUCCGUCUCUUUCCACUUCUAUAUAAGUCCGUGUUUGGGGCGCAAUAACGAGAGUGAGUGGUUUGUCUGUGAUCCACGGACGCGUGAUAUGGAUUUGUGUGUGAGUGUGUUUUGUGCCGGGGCGGUUUGUUUAGUUUAGGUUGGUAAAGCGCCACCGUUGACGUGUAUGAGGCAGAUGGCACUGAACCCGUGGACGUUGCUCCUGAACAAAUUAAGUUAAAAUGAAGAGCAUCUGCACGCAGAGAUGGAGGAUGAUGUAAAGAAAGUUAAAAAGCCAGGUAUUGUGUCUCCGUUCAAGCGGGUGUUUCUGAAAGGAGAGAAGGGAAGAGAUAAGAAGGCUUCGGAGAAGUCCACAGAGCGCAGAGCCCUCCACACAUUCGCACUUUCCCUUCCGGACCACCGCAUCGACCCAGACAUCCUGCUUAAUGACUAUAUAGAAAAAGAAGUUAAGUAUCUAGGACAGCUAACUUCAGUUCCUGGAUAUCUCAAUCCUUCCAGUCGCACAGAAGUUCUGCAACUUAUCGACAAUGCUAGGAAGUCUCAUCAGUUGGCAGGACAGCUGACAUCAGAGCAGGACGCUGUUGUCAGUCUAUCUGCAUACAAUGUGAAGCUCGUGUGGCGUGACGGAGAGGACAUUAUUCUUCGCGUUCCCAUACACGACAUUGCGGCCGUGUCUUACAUCAGAGAUGACUCACUUCACCUAGUGGUGCUUAAAACGGCUCAGGAGCCUGGAGGUUCUCCAUGUCACAGCACAGAGAUGUCAAAGUCUCCAACUCUGAGCUCUCUGUCAGAGAGUGGGGCUGUGUUAGUGGAGGUCUGCUGCUUGCUUGUGCUUGCCGUCGAUAACAAGGCUGCAGCAGAAGAGCUCUGUCUUCUCCUCAGUCAAGUCUUCCAGAUCGUCUACACGGAGUCUACCAUUGACUUCCUGGACAGGGCCAUCUUUGAUGGAGCCACUACCCCCACCAGGCAUAUUUCUAUGUGUAGCGAGGACUCUUCCAGCCGAGAUGUGAAGGAAGUGUUCGAGACGGAGGCUGACAUUUCGUUUCGAAGUUCUCUAGAGGCGGGGCACUCCUCAUGCCCCUCCCCUUCCUCCACCCCCACCUCGCCGCAAACCGAAACAGUGAGUGAGAGUGAAUUGAGUACAACGACUACUGAACUGCUACAGGACUACAUGACCACACUGAGGACAAAGUUGUCCUCUCAGGAGAUCCAGCAGUUUGCCACAUUGUUACGCGAGUACACAAAUGGGGCGUCCAUCCACGAGUUCUGCAUCAACCUGCGGCAGCUGUAUGGAGAUAGCAGGAAGUUUCUCCUCCUCGGACUGAGGCCUUUCAUUCCUGAGAAGGACAGCCAGCACUUUGAGAACUUUCUGGAAACCAUCGGCGUGAAGGAUGGUCGCGGCAUUAUAACGGACAGCUUCGGCCGUUACAGACGCACGGCGAGCUCCGCGUCAGACUCCACCACCAAUGGCAACGGAGCUGCGGGUGGCUCCGACGAGGGAACCGCACCCUCCGAGGGCGACGAAUGGGACCGCAUGAUUUCGGACAUAAGCAAUGACAUUGAAGCGCUAGGAAGCAGUAUGGACCAGGACGGUGUAUCUUCUUGAUGUCACAGCAGUAUGUCAGGGACUUCUAGUGUGCUUUAGCCAAUCACCACUUGAUAUAAUCACACGGUCCAUAUUGCUGUCCAUCAAAUCUUACAAUGCUGGAUUUCAAUACUGUACUUGGAUACUGUAUGGAUACCACUUUGUGUUGUGCCAUAUGACCACAACGUUGAUUCAGAUUUGAUAACCUGUGAUCUGCACGAGCAUCAUCUGUUGCUGUGGACAGCAGUUAUAUUCCUAGGUUUAUUGGCAGUAUCUGCUACCACUAAUGAGGACUGUUGGGCUGGUAGAUGUCGCUCUUUCAUGCUGAUCUGAGACCAGUUGAUCUGAGAUCAAGUUAAUACGUUUGUGGUUUAAGGAGUAAAUAUAUUGUCUUAUCAGCGUGAAGAAGUCAGUUCUACCUGGAGUGUGGAGCAUUGCCAGGUGACCUUCUUGUUCUGGAUGCCUUUAAAAUGCUAAUAUUUGGUUUGUGACCCGAUGGAAAGGAAAUGCAGUGUAUUUCCUAUUGAAGUUCUGAUCCAUAGAGUUCAUUUUAGACUUUUAUAUAUAUAUAUAUAUAUUAUCUGGUUAAUGUUUAUUGUUACACUUUUUUUUAUAACGUUAUAAGCAUAUUUUUCACUCUCGAGCAUAAGAGUCUUUAUUUUUAUUCUUGCCAGGAUUGGUUAUAGUUACCCAAUUAUUAUUAUUAUUAUUUUCGUGUGGGUUUCUUCAGGUAGGAAAUGUAGCACUAUGUACUUUUGGUUUUGACUGAAAACGUGGAAAAUUUGGAUAUGACAAUGUCAGUUGUCUGACUGAUCAAAAACUGCAUUAAAUCCAUGUUUUACCAUUAAUUUCAGCAAUCUAACAUUGGUCAGUGCCUUGCAGAAUAACUGCUCAUUGUAUCAUCCAACACGGAUGUAAGAAAUGUAAUUCUGUAAUCUGUACAGAAAGUGACUGAAGUAUGAGUUUAUUAAAAAGUGCAGCACUUAAAUCCUCAA